AAGUAGACGGCUUCGACGAGGCCACGGGCGCGCCAUUGCCUUCCUUUCCUUGCCCGGCGUCGUCCUGCGCCUCCAAUCCCUUCCUCGCGUUCGUCGCCGUCAUCCUCACCCUCAUUCUCGUCGUCAGCAUCCUCCUCUUCCUCCUCUUCUCCGUCCUUCUCAACGCCGCGCCCGUCGAUUCCCAAGACGAUCGGAUCGGCCGUUGUCUGCGUGAGGCUGUGUCAGGGGAAGCACCACAGGUCCCCACCACCCGUGACGUGAGCGUCCGUCCUGCAACAAAGCCCAAGGCGACCAUUGGCCGCGACGAUCGCGGCAAAAGAGGCUCUUGGACGAAGUUGACACAGCGAGACUCCGUCCGGGCAUCGCGUCCCCACACCAGAGAACGAAAAAGAACAGAAGGGCGGCGGGCCAGCACGAAGCGGUGCAGCACACACAGUUCGUUGCGCAGGCUUCGCACAGCGUGCAGAGCCCAUUGGCGCGGCGUAGAGAGCGUGGUCGUGGCACGCACGCUCGCUCGCACUCGCUCACUCACGCACUCGCUGCCUGUGCGACGAGGCCAGCGGCACGAAUUUUCAGACCGUGGGCGCGGUCGUCGGUGAACGUCAUCGUCCGCUCGUUAGCACCGGCGCUUGCUGUCUCCACCCGUCUAAACUGCCGCAUCGAUCCUCUCCGUCACUAAAAAAACGGGCUGGAGGGGCGAAAAGGCCGCGCGCGUCCACGAGCAGGACCCAGCAUCCAGCACGCAGCGUCCACAAACCACAACCACGGCGAGUGGCCACGACAGGCCGCGGCCUCGACUGUUCUCUGAGACGACGCUGGCCGCACCCGCGAAAGAGCCAGCGCACGGGAUCGCCUGCAAGCGAGAGGGCUCUGCGCGGCGCCGGGUUGUGAUUCGCACGUUUGGCUCAGCUCAGCUCGCCGACGCUCGUACCAGCUGCGGAGCUUACCAGCAACAUCCACCGACUUCGACCGCUUUGCCUUGCGUACUCGUCCACUCACCUUUCCGCGCGCCGUCGUUUCGGCCUCACGAUUCUGCCCCCAAAUCCACUCCCAUCCUUCCCGGACUUCGCUGGGCCUUCCCUUCACUCGCUGAGCCGUUCUUUUGUGCUUUUUCCUCGUCGUCGCUCCUUCGCCCAUCGCUCAAACAUGUCCGCCCCCAUGGUUGACUAUGCGCGCGUUACCCAUCGCAAGCCACUGCCUGCACACUCGACCUCCAUCCUCCCCACCCACAACCACCACCACCACCACCACCCACAGCCGUCGCCGCACGCCUCCCAAGUCAGCCUGUCGCCCCGGAUGAGCACCGCACAGCCGCAGAUCAUGUACAACGGCAGCGGCAAUGUCGCGAACCCUUACACCGGCCAGACGCGCCGGACGCUUUCCAACGCGACCUCCUCCACCAACUCGUCCCACAACUCCAUACGGAGGUCUUCUUCUGAUCGGUCCACCGGCCCCCCGCCUACUUCCUACGUAGCCUUGUUGCGUAAGCAGAAGGCGACGGUGUGGUGCGACCGCUCGCAAGCCGAAGACCCUCGCAUCAGGAUCCAGCAGCGGCUGGCGAAAGAGAGGGCCGAGCGGGAAGUCGCCGCCGGCCCUAUGGGCCACGGCCGACUCACGCCUGCCUCUGCCAGCUCGGGAAGUUUUACCGGCGGCGUAGCCCGCAAGAUACGACAUCACGGUGGGAAGCCGGUGCAGUACACGGGCGGCAACCUGGCCGGUGCCGGUGUCCCUCUUCGGCUGUCUGCCACCGAGGUGGACGACGAACCUGACGACCCCAGGAACAGCAACAGCAGGCAAGAAGAGGAUCUGCACAACGAAUGGGAGAGGGAUCCUGCUUGGGGCUACGCAGGCAAUGGGCGACAACAUCGGCGCACUGGCUCCGGUAGAAGCAGCCUGGGCAGUCAGCAGCGUGCCAACUCCUUCCAACCUCGCUUCAGCACCACAAGUUCCACACCUAACAGCGGCCAUUCUCGGAGCCCCAGCGAAACCCAUCUGUCCAAUCCCGCCGAGCAGACCCCCGUCCCGUCAGCAAGCCAGCGUCGGGCGUCCAGCUACUUCCAUCAGGAGGGCUCGAACACGCCAAGCAGCGAGGAGGACAGUCGCGAGAAUUCUUUUGGCGCCAUGGGUGCGCUGCCGGAGAAGAAGGGCCGUAUCGAGAAGAAGGAAACGGCGGAGGAUUUGAUAAGAAGAGGAAGCGUUGACGAGAGAACUAUGACAAUGGGACGACAGCGCCUUUUUGUCGCGAAUCCGGACUUGAGCGAUUGAAUGGCAUGGCCAGAACUUUUUUUCCCCUCUUUUUUUUUUGCCAGUUUAUCUUAACGCAUGCGCUUAUGAACGGGUCGCAGGUGCGAUCUUGUGGAUGACUGCAUAUAUCGCUUGAAAAGUACAGGCCUGGGAGACAGCGGGAGGUUUAUUUGUUUCAAUCUGCCAAAUCAUGCAGAAUCAUGGAGCUUUUGAUCAACGGCGCAAGAAUGUUUGCUUUUCUUUUUACUAGUCGACAGGAGAUACAUCCCUGCGGAUGGAUUGCAACGGUACAGGCAAGUUCCUAAUCCUAAUGCUGUCGCUUGUAUUGUAUCGAGGAAAGCCAAUACCAAUUGUGAAUAUCGUUCACCCUGAAA